AGCACUUUGAUAGACAAGAAGAGGAAACAGAAGUUGUUUCUCUCCUCGCAGAGAUGGCUGGUGGUCGCCUGCGUUGCCCAAGCUGCAUCUUCAAAUGCAGUGCCGCGCUUUUUUUUUGGGUCUGCUUCUACGAUGUGGAGGCUCACAGCUGUCAGGAUGUCAUCCAUAAAAAAGUUGGAGACACUGUGGAGUUGUCAUCAUGCCUACCACCUGAAGAUGUCAUUGCGGCGAUUUGGAGAUUUAAAUAUUCACAGAUUGCAAAAAAAAAUGCAAAUGUUGAUGAAGGACAAUUUAAGGGCAGAUUAGAACUUCACCGCUCAAACUGGAGUUUAACAGUGAAGGACCUGACUGUGCAAGACUCGGGUGAAUACAGUUUUGUGUCAGAAGUGGAAAAUAGUUCCAGUCAAAGGCCCACGGUCAGAAUCACUCUACAAGUUUAUGAGUCUAUAACUGAACCGCCUGUUGUGAUUGGUAACUCCACCUGGAACUCCUCCACCAACUCAUGUACAGUUUUUCUGCAGUGCAGCUCAAAUUCUGGAGGUGUCAGCUACAAAUGGACUGUAGGGGAUCAAACCACACAUGGCUCCACGCUGGAGCACAACACCAGGGAACAGGAUGGAGACACCAAAUUCACAUGCACAAUAUACAAUUAUGUCAAUAAGAUGUCCAAAUCCGAAAUAGUGAAGUGCAGCAGAGACCAACAAGAAAUCUCACCGGACAAAAGGCUGGAGAACUUGUUCUUCAUUCUCGGGAUUGUGGUCGGACCUAUACUGCUGAUUGUCGUCAUUGUCAUAGCGGUUGUGGUUUACUGCUGCAAAAAAAGUAAAGCAGCCGGCGGUGACUCAAACGAGCAGACCAUCUAUGCUGACAUCACUGAAGUAGCAAUUGAACAGGGGUCUCCAUCUACCAUGAAGCCAUGCUCAGUGUACGAAACCAUUGAUGACAGAAACAACCAAGUCACACCUGGGGCCCAAACGGUUUAUGACAAAAUCCAGCUGAAUCGCAUGAGGGCGCUCUCAGUGUCUCCCUACCAAGAAAUCUCCUGAAGGGAAUGAUCUUUAGCGAGGAACACAUUUUCUUUAAGUAACAGAGCAAGCGGGAUCCAUGGCUCAGAGCUUCAUGUAAACAGAGAACAACCCUGAAAUAUCAAAUGCUAGUCAUGGUUUUGUAUAUUCAUAUUAUACAUGCGGUCUAUUUCAAGGACCUGGAGCCAGUUUCUUUCAGUUUGCAUUAAUGUUGUAAAUUCUGUAAAUAAAGAGAUAUAUUACAAAAA